AUGGAGAUCGGCCCCAAUGGUGACUCAGAGGUCGCUCCCGGCGGCCACAUUUCCGGACCCAAAUCCGGGUCUAAUCCUGCCGGAUCCGGGUGUGAUCCGGCCGGAUCCGGGUCCAAUCCGGCCGAAUCCGGGCGCGAUCCGGCCGGAUCCGGGCUUAAUUCAGCCGGAUCCGGGCGCAAUCCUGCCGAUUUCGGGCGGGAUGAGAGAGGAACCAUUGACCCUGGCAAUUUUUUGCCAUUUGAGACUCAGCUGAGACUGGUUCAAAGAGAUAUGGUUCGGGUACUGCAACUACCAGAGAGCAGUAAACCAGAGACCACCCGUCGUUCUUUCAAACGCCGGACUGGCGUGGAGGAACCUCGGGAUCCAGCUUUCCCAACUAUGCCGGUGGAUCGUUUAUGCGCCGAUCGCAUACAACGCAUCGCCGAUUCAAAGAAAUGGACGGCUUUCAACAAAAGGUCGGCAGCCUAUUUCCAAUUUCCAGAAAAGGACCGAAACGAUUUCUUUACGGUUCCUUCUAUUCCGGAUACGGCCAAGGACAAAUUGACUGGAGAUAGCGCCAAAGCCCCGACCAAGUCAAUAUUUGUCGAUAAGACUAGAGCAAAGAUGGAGGAUACAAUGAAGAAGGUCGAUGAGGCGGCUAGAUUUGGUUCACAAACAAGCGCCUUUUUACUUCUGUUAUCUGAAUAUAUCGUCUGCGCAUGUGAGGAAGAUUCACAAAUUCCAGCCGAUAUGUUAGCAGCGGCCUUCCGGUGUCUGGACGAAAUACUCCGUUUCUCUCUAGACCAAUUUACGAGAAUCUCUAUCCUGUCUGCCAAGUCACGUAGGACUAACGUGAUGGAUGCACUUUACAUACCACACGAGGGCGCUAAGAAGAAACGGCCAAGGCAUCAGCUGGUGCAAUGGUUUCAGCUCCACGCCCCUACUCUGCCCCUGCACGCCAAUUUAGCGGCCGGGGACGUGGCGGUGGGCAAUCGGCCCCCCGCUCUGGGUGGCAUCGGUGACGCCCCUACCGAGCCGACCCCGACACUGGGGCCCGUCGGGGGUCGUCUCAGAAAUUUCGUAGGGCCCUGGAGAGAGAUCACCUCCGACGCAUGGGUGCUUUCUAUAGUCAGCCACGGCUAUCAACUAGAAUUUACAAGCACCCCUCCGUUGGAAAUAUGUGUUUGCGAAACACCGGUUCCGGCAAACACAGACAAACGAUUAGCUCUCGAACAAGAGAUCUCAUCCCUCAUCGAGAAGAGAGCGGUCCGCUUGGUGCCACCAAUGGAGCAGUUCAAAGGCUUCCUGUCCUCCUUCUUUCUAACACCAAAGAAGGCGGCUGGCGAAUGGCGGCCGAUAAUCAAUCUGAAACCGCUCAACAAGUUUGUCAGACCCAAACGUUUCCGAAUGGAAACUCUCCAUGUAGUUCUAGAGUCAUUACCCACACCAGCGUGGGGAGCGUCAUUAGACCUAAAAGACGCAUACCUACACGUCCCCAUCUUCCAAGAGCACUCCCGAUUCCUUCGUUUUCGGUAUCAGGGGCGCACUUACGAGUUCACUGCCCUUCCCUUCGGGCUAUCAACCUCGCCAAGAGUGUUCACCAGGGUUGUGCGGGCAGUGGCAUCACGUCUCCGACGAGAAAACAUAAUGAUUUUUAUGUAUCUCGACGACUGGCUGAUAGUGGGAAAAUCAGAAGGCCAGACUGCUCAGAAUUUGAGGGAUACUUAUACGUUGACGACGAGGCUAGGCUUCAUCAUCAACGAAAAGAAGUCCCACCUAAUCCCGUCCCAGGAAAUCACUUUCCUGGGAGCAGAGAUCGAUUUACGCAGGGGCAUAGCCGUCCCCACAGGGGAACGUGUUACCAGCCUGCUGAAGUGCGUCAAACUUUUCCUAUCCGUUCAAGUCGCUCCAGCCCGAGCUUGGCUGAAACUUCUAGGGUUCAUGGCCAGCUUAGUGGACCUGGUUCCAUGGUGCAGACUGAGGAUGCGUCCUUUGCAAAUGCAUCUUCUGGCACAUUACAGACCAAAGACAGAUCCAAUCUCUCUAUUGGUCUCGAUCGACGAUGUCAUUCGGCCACACCUUCGGUGGUGGCUAUUGGAACAGAACAUUCGGUGCGGACGGAGCUUCCCCAGAGGGGAUCCUCACGUCAUAAUCUCCACCGACGCCUCCAACGAGGGCUGGGGAGCCUCCCUUCCCCCUCGACAAGCUGCAGGCACUUGGGACGACAACACUCGGUCCCUACAUAUGAAUGUUCUAGAACUCCAGGCUGUAGUCAAUGCCCUACACCACUUUCAGGCAGACGUAGUGGGUCGGUCUGUUCUAAUCAAGACCGACAACACGACAGUGGUAGCAUAUAUCAACAAACAGGGCGGUACAAAAUCACCCCAGCUGUGCUACCGGACUUGGGAAAUGUUUCAGUGGCUAAUCAGACACAAAGUCGAUCUACGUGCCAUUCACAUUCCUGGUGCGGAAAACGACAUAGCGGACUCUCUCUCCAGGGGCAAAGUAGUUCCCACGGAGUGGUCAUUGAACAGGAGGAUCGUACAUCAGAUCUUCUCGAUCCUAGGUUGUCCACACAUAGACCUGUUCGCCUCAGCAGUCAACACUCAGCUCCCGGUGUUCUGUUCGAGAGCCCAUCAUCCUCAUGCUUGGGCCUCGGACGCACUAUCAAUAGACUGGACAAACAUGUUCGCUUACGCCUUCCCCCCGAUCUCAAUCCUUACAAAGGUCAUCGGGAAACUGGAGAGAGACAGGUGCAAGAUCCUGCUGAUCGCCCCCUUUUGGCUGCGUCAGCCCUGGUUUCCGCGACUGGUGAGGCUCCUAGUGGGCUCCCCACUAAUCCUCCCAGAUCGUCACGACCUACUUGUUCAACCUCAGUCCCGGUUCCAACACCGGGAGAUCUCACUUAGCGUGCUGGCCACUGUCAAGCGUGUCUACCGAGCAGCAGGUCUUUCUGAAGACGCUGCAGCUCUGGCCGCAAAGGGACGUCGUCUCUCAACACGACGAAUCUAUGACAGUCGACUACGACAUUAUAGUAGGUGGUGCGCAGAACAGGCUGUGGAUCCGCUCUGUGCUUCUUUAAGCCAUUGUUCAGAAUUCCUACUGUCAUUGUUCAGAGCCAAUUUGUCAGUAGGAACGAUACGAAAUUAUCGAUCAGCCAUAGCAGCAAUUCACAAAGGCUUCGCUGAUGGCUCAUCUAUCUCCUCUAAUGUUGCAAUCACUAACCUACUCCGGGGAAUGUUCAACGAGAGACCUACAAUCCGGAAACUGGUCCCAUCCUGGGAUCUAGGUUAGGUCCUGAACAUUUUGGCCAAGGCUCCAUACGAGCCCUUGGGCCAAGCACCCCUCAUUCAUGUAUCUAUAAAGUUGGCCUUCCUGCUCGCAGCGGCUACCGCUAGGCGUAGCAGCGAGAUCCAUGCGCUGACUUUAGAUUCGGGACAUAUCUGCUGGGAACCAGGUGGGGUUCGCCUGAUCCCAAAGGCGUCCUUCCUGACGAAAAAUCAGACGGCAAGUUUCAGCCCUCCUGAUAUU